UAGGAGCUACCUGACACAGAGAAGUAGACCAAAAGCACCUCAAAAGGUAGACAUCAUACCAAGAUCCAUAGAAAUUUAGGAACAAAUGAGAACAAAAGUAAUUGAGAUCUAUCAGUCUGGUAAAGGUUAUAAAGCCAUUUCUAAAGCUUUGGGACUUCAGUGAACCACAGUGAGAGCCAUUAUCCACAAAUGGCAAAAACAUGGAACAGUGGUGAACCUUCCCAGGAGUGGCCGGCCGACCAAAAUUACCCCAAAAGCGCAGAGACAAAUCAUCCGAGAGGCCACAAAAGACCCCAGGACAACAUCUAAAGAACUGCAGGCCUCACUUGCCUCAAUUAAGGUCAGUGUGCUGAGGUCACCGAUGCUGAAACUGCACUUACAGUACUUCUGCUGAAACGUUUAAAUCCAAAAGUGUAACAUCUGUUGGAGCUCAGUACCUCUUGACUUACAUGGCAGGACAGCUGCUGCAAAUGUCAUCAAAAUGACCCCUGGAAUCACAAGGUUUGCUGUGAUGAGAGUAAGUGACAUCAAGACAUGUUUUGAUCUGUUUAUGCCAUUGUCACUAAAGAAAAUCAUCAUUGCUAUGACAAGCCUUGAAGGAAAAAAGGUUCAUGGCGACAUGUGGAAUGACAUUGAUGAGGAAUACCUGGAUGCGUAUAUUGGUGUUCUUCUUCUUGCUGGUGUUUACAAAUCCAGCAAUAAGGUCACUGAUAGUCUCUGGGAUGCGUCGACAGGCAGAAAUAUUUUAUGGGCAACAAUGUCACUUCAGUCAUUUCGAAUGAUAUCAAGAGUCCUUAGAUUCAACAACAGAGAAACUAGAGAAAAAUCUGACAAGCUUGCUCCCAUCAGGGAUGUCUGGGAAAGGUGGAUGCAGCUUCUUCCACUGAUGUUCAACCCAGAGCCAGAGGUAACAGUAGAUGUACGUUUUGUCCCUUUCCGUGGAAAAUGCCCUUUCCGUCAGUACAUGCCUAGUAAGCCAGGGGAAUACGGCAUAAAGAUUUGGGCAGCCUGUGAUGCCAAAACCAGCAUGAUUUGCAUAUGUAAAUAUGCAUGGAAUCUGCAGAGAAUCCAGGAGAAGCAGAAGAAGGUGCAGGAGCUGAAACAGGCUGUGAACAGUAUAAAGCUGAGUGCACAGACAGCAGUGGAGGACAGUGAGAUGAUCUUUACUGAGCUGAUCAGCUCCAUGGAGAAAAAGCGCUCGGAGGUGACGGAGCUGAUCAGAGCUCAGGAGAAGACUGAACUGAGUCGAGCUGAACGACUCCUGGAGCAACUGGAGCAGGAGAUUGCUGAUCUUCAGAGGAGACUCACUGAGCUGGAGCAGCUUUCACACACACACGAUCACAUCCAGUUCAUCCAGAGUCUCCAGUCUCUCAGUGUCUCUUCUGGACGUGAGGACUCACCCAGCAUCACUGUCAAUCAACGUCCCCCAUUUGAUGGAGUGAGGAAAUCUCUCUCUGAUCUGAAAAAGAGCCUCGAGGAAUUCUGCCAGGAGGAGUUCAUCAAAAUCCCUCGACAUGCUGCAGCAGUUCAGAUGAUUUUACCCUCAGAACCAAGGAGCAGAGAAGAUUUUCUAUACUAUUUCUGUGAUCUGACUCUGGAUCCCAACACAGUAAAUUAUAACCUCAUUCUGUCUGAGAAGAACAGAGCGGUGAAGUGCAGUGAGACAAAGCAGACGUACUCUGAUCAUCCAGAGAGAUUUGACUACUUUGAGCAGGUGUUGAGUAAGGAGAGUGUGUGUGGACGCUGUUACUGGGAGGUGGAGUGGAGCAGUGGUGUGUACAUAUCAGUCUCAUAUAAAGACAUCAGCAGGAAAGGACGGGGUUAUGAGUGUCUGUUUGGAUACAACAAUCAGUCCUGGAGUCUUCGGUGUUUUUCUUCUUCUUCUUCUUCUUCUUCUCUCUCUUUUUAUCACAACGACAUUAAGACUGAUCUCAGAGCUCCAUCAUCCUCCAGAAUAGAAGUGUAUGUGGAUCACAGUGCAGGAACUCUGUCCUUCUACAGCGUCUCUGACACGAUGAAGCUCCUCCACAGAGUCCACACCACAUUCACUCAGCCUCUGUACGCUGGAGUCUACCUCAGCUGUUAUGGAUCAACUGUGAGAUUUUGUGAUCCAGAAUAAAAUGCUCCUGGUUUCUUCUUUCCAUAUGAAUCUCACUGAAAUAAAUGUUUAAUAUGAAA